UCAUAGCCAUUAAUCCAUCCUCUGAACUCCCCCAGGCCAUAGCCAACAGUACCAUUUCCUGAGUACUCCGAGUCCUUGUUUAUCUUUGUUUUCUUUGCUUCAUUUCUUCCAUGGCAACCAGACAAGACCCCGAUCACGAACCAUCUGUUAAGGAAGCCAUGCCUUUCGACGUCGAGCUGGGACAAACCCAAGAACAUGCAGAAGAACAGGUAAUCAAGGUUUUAGAUUAUGCGAAAAGAGCACAGUGGCUCAGAGCUGCCGUCUUGGGCGCCAAUGAUGGGUUGCUCUCCACAGCAUCUCUAAUGAUGGGAGUUGGAGCCGUCAAAAGGGACGCUAAGACCAUGGUCCUCACUGGGAUUGCAGGCUUGGUUGCUGGAGCUUGUAGUAUGGCCAUCGGAGAACUCGUCUCCGUUUACUCACAAUAUGACAUCGAAAUGGCUCAAAUGAAGAGAGAGAGUCGGACUCAAAACAUGGGAGCCGAGGAGCUGGAUGCCGAGAAGGAGAAAUUGCCAAACCCGUGGCAGGCAGCAGGAGCGUCUGCACUUGCAUUUGCGGUGGGGGCGUUGGUUCCUCUACUCGGGGCUGCCUUUGUUAAGGAUUAUGGAGUUAGGGUGGGGGUGGUGAUAGGGGUUGUGAGCAUUGCCUUGUUAGGGUUUGGAUGGUUAGGUGCAGUGCUAGGGAAAGCACCUGUGGUGAAGUCGUCUUUGAGGGUGUUGGCUGGGGGAUGGCUUGCCAUGGGAGUUACUUUUGGCUUAACCAAGCUUGUUGGUUCUACGGGACUGUAACCAAUUUAACACUUUUUCUGAUAUAUGCUCUUAAUUUUCUCAUCAUGUACGUUGUCUGCUUUUUACUUUUUUUUUUUUAUUUCUUUCCAGCUAGCUCUUUCGAUCGGAUCUUGAUGAACUAUCUCAUGUAUUUGCUGGUCCAACGAGAUGUACAAAUGGCUAAUAAAUCUUUCUGCCAAAUGCUGAUCAUCGAUCAUAUA